AUGGAAAGGUGGAGCCAACUUAGAGAUCAUGGAACAAGCCAUUUGUGUGUUGUAGAUGCUGAUAGAAAUGCGGUAUCACUGACAACAACUGUAAACAAAUAUUUUGGAGCUGGGAUUCGUUCAACGUCAACUGGUAUUGUGAUCAAUGAUGAAAUGGAUGAUUUCUCUAUACCGACUGAUAUAUCCCCCGGUGAACUACCUCCUGCACCAACAAAUUUUAUUGAACCGAACAAAAGGCCGUUGUCUUCCAUGACUCCUAUUAUCAUCACAAAGGAUGACCAAUUGGUUGGGGUAAUUGGAGGAAGUGGAGGAAUGCGGAUUAUUCCAGCAGUGACUCAAGUCUUUGUUAAUCAUUUCAUCUUAGGAAUGAAACCUUUAGAUGCGGUUCUGCGGCCAAGGAUCUAUAUCAAGCUAUUACCAGAUACAGUUUUGCAUGAGAACUUGACUGCUUAUGAUGGUGAUCAUAUUGAGCUUUCCGAAGAAAGUAGGCUUUUCCUAAAAGAGAGAGGCCAUGAACUGCGAGCAUGUGAAGUUGAAGCUGUUACUCAGCUUAUUGUUCAUACUCCCAAAACAUCUAUUAACAAUCAUAGGAAACUUGGUGAAGGCACCAACUCACAUGUGAAGUAUGGCACUCUAACAGCGGUAAGUGAUCCGAGAAAGGGUGGUUGUCCAGCUGCUGUUUAA